AUGCCUCGAACGCAGAAGCCAAUGACGACCUUCCUAUCCCUCUCCCUAUCCAAAUUCCUGAGCCUCAGUCUGAGGUUCAUGAGCGUCCACCCUCUCCUGCUCCUCCACCCGCUCCUCCAGCUCCUCCAGAACCUGCUCUUGCUGUCCCUGAACGUCCUCCGUCGCCUCCGCCGCCCGUUCCUGUUCCGCGUCCCUCCCACCAGCGCAAUCGUCAUGAGCCAGUGGGAGGUCCUAGCGUCGCUCGUGAUCGCCCUCGUCGUGAGAACGUGCAACUCCCUGAAAGACUUGUCAGCGGAGUCAUUCCUCUGCUUCUUAGCUGCUGCUCAGUACAAGGCAGGCUUACCGAACUCUCAUCGGGAUGCCAUGAACACGCCUGACGCUGGAAAGUGGCAACUUGCUGAAAAAGCGGAGUACGAGUCUCUUCUGGAGAACAAGACUUGGAUCCUG